AUGGCCACUGCAGCUGCCGCAACGACGGCCGCUCCGGACAAGCUCCGGCAGCCGUGCAGGCCGAGGCCGGCGGCGCCGAUCUCCUCCUCCAAGAACCGCGUGCCCAAGGCGCCGGUGGUGAUCGCGCACGAGUGCCCCAGUGCGAUGCGCGCCCACGUCCUGGAGGUGCCCGCCGGGCGCGACGUCCUGUCGUCCGUCGCGGCGUUCGCGCGGCGCGGGCGCUGCGGCGCGCUGGUGCUGGGCGCGGCCGGGCACGUCGCGGACGUCGUGCUCAGGGAGCCGGCGCUGGUGCUCCGUGGCACGACGGAGAUCCUGAGCCUGGCAGGGUGCUUCUUCCCGUCUCCCGCGGCGUCAGCGGCGGGCGUCGCUGUGUUCCUGGCAGGGCCGCGAGGCAGCGUGCUGGGCGGCGCCGUCGCGGAGGGAGGGCUCGUCGCCGCCGGUCCGGUGGUGGUGAUGGUGGCCACGUUUGUCGCGGCUGCGAUCGACCGGUUGCCGCUGGUGAAGGGGGACGAAUCCUCCAAGGCGGACGGGAGCGACGUGCACGGCGUGGCCGAACAAUGGCGGUGCGGUGGCAAGCCGGUGCAGCAACAGUGCGGGUGGGCGCCGCUGUGCCGGAAGCUGGGCGCCAAGAGCUGA